ACAAACAUCAGUGCAGUUUGAUUGUUCGGCUCAGGACAAGUUCGUUAUAGUAUAUGAAGUGGAGUGUUUAAGGUGUUUAAAUUUUAGCCAGUUUUUUUUUAAAUUAUGUCUAUAUAAGUCCAAAAUUCGCUUCAAUUUAUUGCUGUUAAGUUUUGUAAAUUAUUCUGUUCAAAAUGUUCAAAUGCCAAAUACAACUGGCGCAAAAAUCACGUUUCGUGGAUGAGGUAGUCCACACGAUGGUGGAUGUGGAAAAGUUUAAAGAAUCUCAUUCGAUAUCGCUGGAGUGUGUUGACGAACAACCCCCGUAUUUGUUUCAUUAUAAUCUGUUUGCUGUUGACAAACACAUUGUAGAGGCGUUGGCGAUUUUAGCGCGAGAUAAGUUCCAGAAGCUGGCAACGAAAGAAAUCUGUAAAUAUCUGCUAAGAAUCGAGCGUACCGAGCAGAUGACAGAGAUUAUCUCAUUCCUACAAUUGAUCGUGGGUGAAAUGGAUAAUUUGGAAGAAACCGAGUUACUGAAUUCGCUAUCCAAGCUGUAUGCUGUUGUCCCUGAUUUCGUCAACGUGAUCACGCAAUCCGCGAACCUAAGGUUUAAAGACCUUGAUGAGGAAACCUACGACUUUCUGCACUGGAUGCUAGAAAUCCGAUGGUACGAACUAUAUAUCUCAUUUGAACUACAACAACGUGGGAUGGCUACGGAAAAGCAUGAAAUGACAUUUCAGAGUAUACUCUGCAGCCUGAUCCGCUUGGCGUUAUUGAAAUUCUCGUUGGUUAAACAGAAUGAGUUGCACAUUACCGAUCAAUUCUACUGCGAUUGCGUGCGGAAUCUUUGGAUGGGAAUAAUAUCCUUGUCUGCGAGCGGAAGUCAGCCCCUGGAUUUUUGGGAAAAUCUGUACAAAGCAUUGAAAGUCAUCCAGAACGAAAAGGAGGAAACAAGAAGAUGCGGACUCUCGUCGGCGAAUGAUUUCUUAUUUGUUACCUGGUUGAUUAGUGGAAUCGCUUCGUUAUCCGAGUAUUCUUUACUGAAUAAGGAAACAUUCGAGGAGUUACCGGUGGUAAAAAUUGAUGCCAAUUAUACUAUGAUUGAGAGCAUAACCAAGGACAUAGCCGAGGGAAAAAAGUCAGAAGAACAGUUGAGAACUUUUCUAUUACUGGUGAAGCCGAUCUACUGUAGAUGGUGGACAAUAAAACACGAUUUUCUGUUUUCCCUUUGGCAGUUCUUUGGAAAGCGAUUUAAUUCGCCGUUUCAGCUACCAGCGGAGACGUUCCAUAGGCUAGAAAUUCCUAUGCCUGCCAGCCUAAUCGAACAAGGUCGUACUCAGGCCAGUCAGCAAACAUUUACAGCGUUGGAUCCCCAAACAUCCAGCUUCAAAAUGUUUUUAUCAAUGAUUGCAUACAUGGUCCGUCAUUAUACGGCUGAUAAUAAGAAAAACAAAGUACAAAUACUUUUCAACCGAACUGCUUUGAGUUUCCCAUUUUCAAAGUUUGACACACUAACCGGCCAAGGCAUCUAUAACUUCUCUUUGCUGGUGUUUACUCUCCUGGGGUCAACUCACUACAAAGAAGACUUCCACCGACUUUCGAAAGUAUUCCAGCAGAUCAAGCUGGUUCUACCGGUUACAGCUAAUAUAGACGAAACUAUUCAGCGUAUCACCGCUAUAUGCACUGCAAACAUCGCGCUCUUGGUUCGAUUGAGCCAACAAUCAUUCGACAAAGGCCCCCACCUGAAGUACUUUAUAGCUGAAUUCGAUAAAGCCUGGUUGAAGUACGGCGAUCGGUUGCAACCGGCCUUGAGUGCACUAGCCAAAGGGAUGUGUGCUUUGUUCGAUACGGCGAUCUCGUCAGGAAAACUGGCCGAAGGAGACGAGAAGUUCUUCGGAGCUUGGCUGGUGAAGUUCUUGAGAGGAUGUUCGGAAGAAGAUAGAGAUCAGCUUUUCAAUACCUUCAAUCGCCUUUUGAGUUGUUUCUACACAAAGGAACUAUUUCGGAUGGACUACGAUACUUUCCUGGAACCUCUCUAUCAAAUUGUUCUGCCUUUUGUCAAGGAAAUAUUUGUCGAAAUCGAGAAGCCAUGUCCGAUCGUCGUCGAGCUGGCAGCAAAUUUCACCUUGCUCUGCACUGGACAACAAUUUGCUGGACCUUUCAUAUCAUUGUUUUCGUAUUUCGCCGAUAAUGCCAAAGCGAACCCUGUUUUGCGAUUGAGGUAUACCCAGCUAAUCGUCAACAGUGACAGAGUGGACGAAAUUGAGGCUAGAUUAAUUAUUCGAUGCUGGGCGAAAUUGUGCAUCGUUUGUACAUCGGAAGAAAUGAGGGAAUUCUCUGAGUACAUUUUUGGCAUGAAAGAGUUCCAAUCAAUAUGUGAAAUUCCUACAUAUGAUCUUGAAAUAGAGGGCGAUGGUCCGAUAGGAUUAUUCUUCAAGUAUGUUGGGAAAAAAUAUCAGGAGUAUGAAGGAAAAAACAGUAACGCGCAACUUGAUAUGAGAACGAAAAUGCAUGGAAUAUUCCAACAUUUCGAUAAGUGGAUGCCGCAACCCAAUAGAUUAGAUCUGAAAAAGAUCAUUGCGGUUCUAGCGCUGGCGUUUAAGGAAUGUGCUCCUGUAUUUUAUAUCCAUUCAAAUUCCGCCUGUCUAUUUCACGUAGCUUUCAAUAGUUAUUGUCUACCAUUGCCCGUGCGCACCAAUAGGCAAGUGUCCCCUGAUCUAAUAUCGGCGAUGGGAAAAACGUGGUUCCGGAUAAUUGAUGCUUUAGGCCGAAUGGACUAUGCGCGUGAUCCAUGCAUCAGCGACUAUGCAUCGAAUAUGAUGAUAAAGUGGGCUCCGCAGUUUUUGAAAUUCAAAGAAAGGAAUGAUACGGUCAGGCCAUAUGUAUUGUUCAUAUCGUCAAAAAAUGAGCAAUUCAUCACUUUCGUUAUUGGACGAUAUCUCCACGUAUAUGUGGAGCUGAACAAUGGUGUGCCCAAAGACAACGCGGAAGCAGGACUAAAAAUGCUUCUCUACACUCUGGAUGCCUUGGUGAAGAUAAAGGACAGCGAAAAAGUUGCGUUUUUCAUACGACUAACUGCUUCGGCUAUCAUGAGACAUGCCUCGGUUGCCUAUAAAACUCAUCCUAGCAAAACGGUGGCCAACGAAAUUGUCCUUACAAUGCUGGAAUACGCCGAGAAGGGUUUCUCAAAUAUAGUUAAGAUGGAGCUUGAACACAGUUUCAAGGCGUACACCAAAAAUCACGCUGCAUUGGAAUCGAUCAACUACUUCGAGUUUAUGUGCAAGCUGGCAGAGAGAAAUCCUGAAAUCAUUCAGUGCGUCGUACCAACAAUUAUUGAGCAGGUGGUAACAACUGAGCGGUUGUUGGGUUUUGAAGACAGUGCCCUUCGAAAGAUGUUGCACAAGUUGGAAAGCGUGGUACAGGUAAGUUUGAGUAAGCAAAACCGCUACAGACAAUUUUAAAGUACGUUAUACUGCCCAGAUUCGCAUAAAAGUCCCAUGUCGAUUUUUGACGAUUUUGAUUUUCUUUCAGAAAUGAGCUUAAAGUGGCCUCCUAUUCAAGAAAAACUGAUAAAAUAAUGGACUUCGUUCUAGAAAUUUGAAAAUCAAAACCCACUAUUUUGGUAUUUAUUCGCAUAACAGUCACAUUCCAUAUUUUGAUACUCUUUUAUACAUAAAAUUAACAUAAAGAUGAUUAAUUUAAUAGUUCCAUAGCGAUGUAUACAGGGUUUAGGGUCAUUUGACCGAGUAAGAAGUGAGAAAUGAGUAGUGUGAAGUUAUUGGUAAGAAGUGUGUGUUUUUUAGCAAGGGUAAACGGAAAUCUGCAAACAGACACCUGAGGAGGUUAACCCUUUCAGGACGACUUUUUUUUACGGACGAUAAACGUAUAAAUUUGGGUCUGGAUCGUACCAAAUCUGGUAUAAAUAUAACUGAAAAGUGUUGAUAUAUUUCCAAACUGUUCUGGAGUACAUAUCCUCGAAUGUAUCAGAAAAUAUGUCUACAAACAAAAUGUCCUGAGCUGAGAUAUAUGUCAAAAAAUAUCUAUGUUAUCAUAAGAUAAAUUGACCGAAUUUUGAAUAAUCGUAAACUAUAUCAGGGUCUCCAAAACGUCCUGGAGUUCAGAACGUGUGAUAUAUCCGAUCAACCAAGCCCUGACCGGCGUAUCUUGUAUCGUUGAAUACCCCAGCAGGUCCAUUGAGCACAUAGGAUUUCACUCAUAGCUUCUCCAAGCUAGUACAAACCUCUUCGGUUCUCCAAAACCUUAUGAAGCUCAGAUCUCAGAUAUAUUCGAUCAACCAAGUCCUGAACGAUGUAUCCGUGCAUCGUUGAACAUCCCAGCAA